AUGGUGAAGGAGACGGAGUACUAUGACCUAUUAGGAAUAAAACCCGAGUCAAACGCGUCGGAGAUUAAAAAGGCGUAUUACAUACAGGCGCGAAAAGUCCAUCCGGACAAGAACCCUAAUGAUCCCGAUGCUGCCGCGAAGUUUCAGCUACUGGGGGAGGCGUACCAGGUGCUGAGCGAUCCGGGGCAGCGCGAGCGGUAUGACGCGUGCGGCAAGGCGGGCGUGUCCACGGAGGCGAUGGUGGAUCCAGCGGCCAUGUUUGGAAUGCUGUUCGGCAGCGAGGCCUUUGAGGACUAUGUGGGGCAGCUCGCCAUGGCCACCGUUGCCGGGCUCGCUGCUGACGCGCCCAACCCCUCCGCCGCCUCCGCUGCUAAUGCGGAUGGUGGCGCCAGCAGCAGUGGCGGAGCGGACAUGGCGAAUGGCGGAGCGGGGGGCGCGGACGGGGGGGUGGACACUGCAGAGCUGCAAGCGAAACUCAAGGCGGCACAAGACCAGCGUAUAGGCGAGUUGGUGGAGAAGCUUAAAACGAGGCUGCACCUGUACACGGCGAGCGGCAAGGAGGAGUUUGUGCAGUGGGCGGAGGAGGAGGCUGAGCGCUUGUCUCAGACUGCGUUCGGGGAGCACAUGUUGCACAGCAUAGGGUACAUCUACCAGCGGUCGGCAGCGAAGCAGCUGGGCAAGAACCCGCUGCUGCUGGGCGUGCCGUUCGUGGGCGAGUGGUUCAGAGAGAGGGGUCACCGCUUCUCCACUCAGGUCUCCGCUGCCGUCGGCGUGCUGCAGCUGUACCAGGCGCACCAGGACAUGCGGCGCAAGGUGGAGGAGGAGCAGAUGGACGAGGAGGCCAUGGCGGCGUUCCUGGAGAGCCGCCAGCAGUCGCUGCUGGAGUCGCUGUGGAAGCUCAACGUCAUUGACAUCGAAGGCACUCUCUCCUCCGUGUGCCAGCAGGUGCUGGUAGAACCAGGGGAGAAGAAGUCCAAGCAAGAGCUCAGGGCCAGGGCGCUCAAGAAGCUAGGGCAAGUCUUUUAUAAGAAGGCAGUGCAACUGAGGGCCAAGUCACGCAGUGCUGCUCUGGCUACUAGAACCGGCUCCAGCUCACGAUCAGCCUCACACCGCCAACCUGAGAGUUGGUCUGGUGAGCCUUCCCAACCAACUGGUGCAUCUAGCAGCACUGAGAGUGAUACGCCGCCCCCACCGCCCGCACCCAACCCCACGAGUCGAGCCGAUCUGGAAAAGAUGUCAGUGGGGGAGCUUAAGAGGUUCAUCACAGGGAAAGGAGGGGAGGUGCGUGGGCUGUUGGAGAAACAAGACCUCAUUGAUGCUGCCUCAGCACUUCUCUGA